GAGAGAGAGAGAGAGAGAGAGAGAAAAAAAGUGACAGAGAAAGUGGCAGAGAGAAAGUGGCAGAGAGAAAGUGGCAGAGAGAGAGAGAGACAGAGAGCCAGCCAUCAUGCCAAGGUUCUGUCCUGCUGGUGUGUGUUGUCUGUCCCCCCAGCUGUUCCUCUCUGAGGGGGGUGAUCAUCAACUCAGCCACUCAGACAAACUGGAGACCAGCUACCCUGAGAAAUCACAGCGCUACCACACACAGAAAAGUGUGAAGGAGGGGAUUCUAUUGAAACAGACUAGCUCAUUCCAGAGAUGGAAAAGGAGGUUCUUCAAAUUGAGAGGAAGGACACUUUACUAUGCCAAAGACUCAAAGUCUCUGAUAUUUGACGAGGUGGACCUAUCAGACGCCAGCGUGGCCGAGACCAGCACCAAGAACAUCAACAACAGCUUUACGGUGAUCACUCCGUUCAGGAAGCUGAUGCUAUGUGCAGAGAGCAGGAAGGAGAUGGAGGAUUGGAUUGGUGCUCUGAAGUCUGUACAGAAAUGGGAGACUUACGAGACCAGUCUAUUUAAUAUGGAACAUUUCUCUGGGAUGCAUAACUGGUAUGCCUGUUCCCACGCCAGACCCACCUUCUGUAACGUCUGCAGAGAGGCCCUCUCCGGAGUCACCUCACACGGACUGUCCUGUGAAGUGUGUAAGUUCAAGGCCCAUAAGCGCUGUGCAGUGCGCUCCACCAACACCUGUAAAUGGACCACGCUGGCCUCCAUAGGAAAUGACAUCAUGGAGGAUGAGGAUGGGGUGUCCAUGCCUCACCAGUGGUUAGAAGGGAACCUGCCGGUCAGUGCUAAGUGUGUGGUGUGUGAUCGUAACUGUGGCAGUGUCAGGAGACUGCAGGACUGGAGGUGUCUAUGGUGCACAGCUAUUGUCCACAGCAGCUGUAAAGAGCAGAUGGGAAAGGUGUGUCCUCUGGGUCAGUGUCGCGUCUCAAUCAUCCCUCCUACAGCUCUCAACAGUAUCAACUCUGACGGCUUCUGGAAGGCCACCUCUCCCUCCUGCACCUCUCCUCUCCUGGUCCUCUGUAACUCUAAGAGUGGAGACAACCAAGGAGUUAAGUUCCUGAGGAAGUUUAAACAGCUCCUCAACCCUGCACAGGUCUUUGACUUAAUGAAUGGAGGGCCUCAGCUGGGUCUGCGUGUGUUCCAGAAGUUUGCCACGUUUCGUAUCUUGGUGUGCGGAGGAGAUGGCAGUGUUGGUUGGGUGCUGUCUGCACUGGACAAACUAAACCUGCACAAACAGUGCCAGCUAGGUGUGCUCCCCCUGGGGACAGGUAAUGACCUAGCCAGGGUGCUGGGCUGGGGAGCGCUGUGUGACGAUGACACUCAGCUGCUACAGAUCGUGGAGAAGCUGGAGAGAGCCACCACCAAGAUGCUGGACAGGUGGAGUGUGAUGACAUACGAGCUUCCCACCAAACACUGUCCAAUGGUGAAGGAAGAGUAUUUUAGUCCCGACUCACCCUUACAGGUCCACAUCACUCAGUAUGCAGACUCUGUGGCCUCCCACCUCACCAAAAUCCUGGACUCGGACAAACCCACUGAUGUCAUAUCCUCUGCCAAGUACGUGCACUGCAUGCUGGGCUGCGGGGUGGUUAGGAGGGAGGGAGGGAGAGGGAUGGAGAGAGGGAGGGAGGGAUCAUGUCUGAAUAUCCUGGGGAUGUCUGGAAUGAAGGAGGAGGGAAGAGAGAACAGUGAGGAGCUGACAGAGCCAGAACCCGUGAGUCACAUCAGUUUGAGUCCCACGAGUUCCUCUAGCAUCGUCUUGGAGAAACCAGAGAGUCUCAGCCCUCCAUCCUUUAACGAGGAUCAGUGUUCAGAGAAAUGUGUACUGAACAAUUACUUUGGGAUCGGUCUGGAUGCUAAGAUCUCCCUGGAGUUUAACAACAAGAGAGAUGAACAUCCAAAGAAAUGCAGUAGUCGUACUAAGAACAAGUUGUGGUAUGGGGUGAUGGGAACCAAGGAGCUGGUGCAUAAGACGUAUAAGAACCUGGAGCAACGGGUACUGUUGGAGUGUGAUGGUGUCUCUAUAUGUCUGCCCAGUCUUCAGGGACUAGCUGUUCUCAACAUCUCCAGCUAUGCAGGAGGAAUCAACUUCUGGGGUGGCACCAAAGAGGACAGCAACUUUGGCGCCCCGUCAUUUGACGAUAAGAAGCUGGAGGUGGUGGCUGUGUUUGGCAGCAUGCAGAUGGCUGUGUCCAGAGUCAUCAACAUCCAACACCACCGCAUCGCACAGUGUCGUCAGGUAAAGAUCACUAUCCUAGGAGACGAGGGGGUACCAGUACAGGUGGAUGGAGAAGCAUGGAUUCAGCCCCCAGGGAUAGUCAAGAUCACACACAAGAACAGAGCUCAGAUGCUAACCAGAGACAGGAACUUUGAGAGGACUCUGACGUCAUGGGAGGACAAGAGGAAGAUUGACAGCUACCAUUCCUCCAGGCCCCGCCUCAACUCUCAGCAGUCUAUGGAAUACCUCACAGAGGAGGAGUGUGCUCAAGUACAGCAGCUGGGCCUGGUGGCAGACAUGCUCAUCACUAGGAUAAGAGAUGCGGCUAAGACACACAAGCUGGUGGAACAGGAGUUAGCUCAUGCUGUCAACGCCAGUGCCCUGGUCCUCAGUGAAGCCUUCCCCUCCAAGCCGUCCAGCCCUGAGUGUCUGAGUCGCAGUACAGCAGUGGAGAUCGUGAACAGCAGUAGAGUCCUUCAGCUGGAGACCACGAUGCUGCUGGAGGGGAAACUACUGGUGGAUUCUCCCCAGGAAGAGGAGCUCCUCUCUACUCUCAGCAGUCUGAGCGCUGAACUCCACAAGCUGGACGACAUACACUGGAUCUGCCCUGCCAUGCACUGCUCUGAGGAGGUGGCUGACACUGUGAGGGUGAGCAGUAAGAGCAGUAUUAAGAUGAAGAUGAUGCCCAAGGUGAAGAGGGAGAGAGAGAAGCUCCACAAGCAGAAGUCCAAUAGCUCUCUGUCAGGAUCUUGGGAUAUUAAAGGUGGCGCAAAUGAGAUGGCUCCUUCAGGCAAUUGAGGAACUUAAACUCAAAGGCUUAACAAGGUACACCCAUCACCAUGGCAGCCCGGGGAGGCGAGGGGUGUCACCCUCUUCUUCCUAUGGGACGUGGGCUUUACCUACCGAGGGGUGAGAAGUACAAAAUGAUUCCACGACCCUCCCGCCUUUCAGCUAACACCUCCCCCUUGACUCUCGAUGUUCUCCAUUUUGAAAUUAGGGAGGAGUUGUUUUUAACUAAGGGGUGUUGCUUUGCAUCCUUUCACCAUUUGGGUUCCUGUUAUUGGUUCUAUUUGGCCUGUUGACCCAGGAGGUGGGCGUGGCUUUUUGAGAUGAAAGCAGAGAAGGAGGAGAGACGCUCUCUUAGCAACUUGUUUCCUUGACGACGCAAUGUGUUUACGUAGGCGGAGCUCUCCUUUGCAUGACAUGAGCAGCCAUUUUGUUUUUAUUUUUUAAAUAACUCCUUUUUUUGGCCAGGCGUUUACACUACCCUUCCUCUUUUCUCUCUUUUUUUGUAAUCUUUAUUGACUUUCGUGAUAGAGGACUUUUUAGUUUCCUUGAGAAAUCUGAAGUCUGAAGACGACUUUGCUUUCUGUUCCUAUCGCCGUAAAGAACAACAAAAAUACAAAUGAACAACAAUGUAAACAACAUCUCAAAUGAUUAGCUGGAGACUCAUAAAUGUAAAACAAAAAAUAGACUAUUGACGAAUGUACUACAUGUGUGCGUAUUACCUUGUGAAUAAGAUUUGAUUUGAUUUGAUUUGAUAUUACCUUGUGAAUAUUCAUAUUACGGUGUGAAUAUUUGUUCUACCGUGUGAAUAUUCAUAUUACGGCGUGAAUAUUCAUAAGGUAGUAUGACUGGCCUGAUGUCUCCCUCCCUGCAUGCCUUCCACUCUUCACAAUCCUAUGAGAUGGAAGAAGUAGCCCAGUAGACACUGAUCUAAGGUCAAGAUUAGAAUUAGAAAUCUGAUCCUAGAUCUGUGGUUAGGACAAACAUUCACCAUGAGCUUAUACAUUCCCUAAUGGUCACGAUUGAAUGUGUGUAUAUAUAUAUAUAAUAACGUAAUAAAAAUAUUUUUUUAAGUUUAUAGAAGUGUCUUCAGAUAAGGCGCUACCCAAUUUCUACAAGAGAAUAUAUAUAUAUAUAUGUGUAUAUAUAUAUGUGUAUAUAUAUGUGUAUAUAUAUAUGUGUAUAUAUAUAUGUGUAUAUAUAUGUGUAUAUAUAUGUGUAUAUAUAUGUGUAUAUAUAUGUGUAUAUAUAUGUGUAUAUAUAUAUGUGUAUAUAUGUGUAUAUAUAUGUGUAUAUAUAUGUGUAUAUAUAUGUGUAUAUAUAUGUGUAUGUAUAUAUGUGUAUAUAUAUGUGUAUAUAUAUGUGUAUAUAUAUGUGUAUAUAUAUGUGUAUAUAUGUGUGUAUAUAUAUGUGUAUAUGUGUAUAUAUAUAUGUGUAUAUAUGUGUAUAUAUAUGUGUGUAUAUAUGUGUGUAUAUAUGUGUAUAUAUAUGUGUAUAUAUGUGUAUAUAUGUGUAUAUAUAUGUGUAUAUAUAUGUGUAUAUAUAUAUGUGUAUAUAUGUGUAUAUAUAUGUGUGUAUAUAUGUGUGUAUAUAUGUGUAUAUAUAUGUGUAUAUAUGUGUAUAUAUAUGUGUAUAUAUAUGUGUAUAUAUAUAUGUGUAUAUAUAUGUGUAUAUAUAUGUGUAUAUAUAUGUGUAUAUAUAUGUGUAUAUAUAUGUGUAUAUAUAUAUGUGUAUAUAUGUGUGUAUAUAUAUGUGUAUAUAUGUGUAUAUAUAUAUGUGUAUAUAUAUGUGUAUAUAUAUAAGACACUUCUAUAAACUUUUAUUUUUUUUAUUACGUUAUUAAUAUGAAGAAUAAAUUCAUAAAUAAUAAUAAAUUAGGAAAUGGAUACAACAUUUAUUACAACAUCCUGUAAUAUCUUGAACAUUUAUUUAAUCAAUUUAAUGCUGAACAAACUUGAAAUAAUGAUGUUUAUAGUCAAUCAGAUAAACUGUUAGCUAUAUGAAUGUGCUACUGUACCAUUAGCAUGCUGCUGUUAGAGGCUUUAAUGAGGUACCUUUACAUAUGUGGAAAGUUUCUUACCAGGCGCACUGGUUUAAAAUGACAUAUGACGAUUGUGUGCAAACGACACUGUGUGUGUGUUGUUAGAGUUUACUGUAUGUUGCCUUGCACUUUACAAAGCGAAACUUAAAGAACACAUGUGUGUGUUGUAAAGUGCC